GACUCACAUUCUGUUCUCCUGUCAGCCCCCACCCUGUCCAGUUUCGUCAGGAGUCGAGGAGAUGGGAAUCUUGUCGCUCAUCACCGGCAAGCCGGGCGCCAGCGGGUUCGGGUCCGCCUCCACUGCCGAGCAGGUCACCGACGGCGUCGACGCCUCUGCCCUCACCGUCGUCGUCACAGGCGCAUCUAGUGGUAUUGGCCUAGAGACCGCGAGAGUCUUUGCCCUAAGAGGAGCCCAUGUCAUCAUCGCUGCGAGAAACACAGGGGCUGCAUCAGAGGCAAAGAAAUGCAUCAUAGAGUCGAACCCAACAGCUCAUCUCGAUGUUCUUAAUCUUGACCUUAGCUCGGUCAAGUCGGUCAGGGCCUUCGUGGACCAGUUCAACUCAAUGAAUCUUCCUCUAAACAUCUUGAUAAACAAUGCAGGUGUCAUGCUCUGUCCUUUCCAACUGUCUGAAGAUAAUGUUGAGAUGCAGUUUGCCACCAAUCAUCUCGGUCACUUCCUGCUUACCAACCUUCUUCUUGAUAAUAUGAAAGCUACUGCAAAGUCCACGGGUAUUGAGGGUCGCAUUGUGAACUUGUCAUCAAUUGCCCACCACCAUACAUCCCCAAAGGGGAUCCAGUUUGAUGAACUCAAUGACAAGAAAAGAUACAAUGAUAAAAUGGCCUAUGGACAGUCUAAGCUUGCAAACAUAUUGCAUGCCAAAGAGCUAUCUAGGCGGCUCAGGGAGGAAGGAGCUAACAUCACAGUUAAUUCUGUUCAUCCUGGAUUGAUCAUGACCAAUUUAAUGAGGCACUCAUUGGCUAUGAUGAAGGCUAUUCGAGUCCUCACCUACAUGAUAUGGAAGACUGCACCCCAGGGAGCAGCAACUACAUGCUAUGUAGGGCUCGACCCUCAGCUGAAGGGGGUGACAGGCAAAUACUUUGCUGACUGUAACGAAGAGAAGACGAGCAAACUAGCCAAGAGUGACGCGUUGGCGAAGCAGCUCUGGGAAUUCAGCGAAGAGCUCAUUAGAUCUGCCUAGUGAGUAGUGAGAGCCGGAAGCGAAGCAGAUGUAUUGAAGAUGUUCGCCUUUGGGCUUUUCGUUGUACUACACCCUCCUACUCAUCUCUUCUAGAUUCCUCGUGUAAUGGUCAUGAUCCCCCUGAUUCUCCCUCCCCCCUCUCACCGGUUCUCUCUGUCUUCUAAAACCUUGUAAUGGAUCAUGUUCCUCACCUUGGGCGCUGUUUUAUAUGAUG